AAUAUAGAAUACUUGUGUGUAUAUAUAUUUUAGAUUAAUGAAGGAAUCUCUUAUUAUUGACACCGAUCCUGGAAUUGAUGAUGCUUUGGCCAUUAUUCUCGCCUACUUAACCCCUUCGGUUGAUAUCAAGGCCAUCACACUUACUCAUGGUAAUGUUGGCAUGGAGUGUGUGAAAAAGAAUGCAGCAGUCAUUUUACAUGCUCUUUUGGAUAAUCAAAAAUUCCUCCAACUUCCUUUGAAACCAUUACCCGUUUUGGCUGUAGGAGCAUCUUCACCUUUGGAAAUCACACCAAUCGAAGCCACUUAUUUCCAUGGAGAAGAUGGAAUAGGAAUGAUUUACAACGAGCUUCAUAAAGCACCUCAAGAUUGGGAAAAACAUUUCAUUCAUGAAGAAGAAACAAUUGAGGAACAAUCCAGAUGGUUUGAAACAACAACUCGUGAUGCUGCUGAUGAGAUUUUAUACCAAUUGGAACAAGCUGAACCACUAACGGUGACCAUUGCUGCCAUUGGACCUUUGACCAACAUUGCCUUGGCCUAUCAAAGAAAUCCUGUGAUCUUUUCUCGAGCCAAACGGAUUGUCGUGAUGGGUGGAGCUGUGGACGUUCCUGGCAAUAUCGGUGCUUAUGCUGAAUUCAACUUUAGAGCCGAUCCUCAUGCUGCAAAGAUCGUCAUGGGUACAAGUAAAGGUUUUCAACAUUCUCCUGAAGGUUAUCAACAACGUUUGGAUUUGAUUGCUCAAGGAAAAGUGGCUCCUUCUCAUAUUGUCAUUUUGCCUUUGGAUGCUGCGGAUGGUGGAAUGAUUACCAAAGUAGAUUAUGAAAAAUAUGUUCUUCCUUUAGGCAAAUCAACUCCUUUAUUUGGAUUCAUCAAUGCAUUCAUGCAAUGGUCUUUUCAAGUCAGUGCCGCAUAUUACAAGAUGGAUAGCUGGGCUAUUUACGAUGCAUAUACGAUGUUAUUGUUAAUUGAAAUGAUCCAGGAUAAAGGUGAUGGUAAAGGGGAUCCAACCUUUGAUCAAAGAUGGAAAUGCAAGUAUCUGGAUUUGACUAUAGAAACCUCAGGAGAAUACACACUCGGAAUGUGUUGUGUGGACAGACGUGAUUAUCAAAAGGACAAGAAGCCGUGGGAUGGAAUUGCCAAUAAUGUACAAACCUUUUUCGCUGGUGAUGCUAGUCGAUUCCGUACAGUCAUGUUGAACACAAUCUUUGGUCAAAAAGAAUGAUCUUUUUUUUUUUUUUUUU